CGAAACACUUCCGUAUUCGGCGCGUAAUGACGAGUACGCUGGGCUACAUAAACAGUCUUUGAUAUAUUUUUUUGCUUUAUCGACCAGUUUCAAAAAGGUCUUGCUACGUUAUGGAGAUUCCAGUAUUCACUGUUGAUUCCUUUACGAACGAACCUUUCAAAGGCAAUCCUGCAGCCGUUUGCCCUCUUACUCAGGCAAUAUGUUUUAUAAUAUAUAACUAUUGCAUGCAGGCUAUUCCAAGCCAUUUGGUUAAUUAUUUCUUCCAAAACUGUUGCAUGGCAUAGCCUAUCCUACUGAGCUGCAGGAUGAGGUCUACCAGAAGAUAGCUGCUGAGAUGAACCUGUCUGAGACAGCCUUCAUUACACGGCUUCACCCAACCGAUGACUUCACCUCAGGAGCACGCUUUCGCCUGCGAUGGUUCACCCCUGCCAGUGAGGUUCCCCUGUGUGGUCACGCCACCCUGGCCUCCGCUGCCGUGCUCUUCUAUAAGAAAAAGAACAGUAAUUCUAUGGUGGUGUUUGAGACUUUGAGUGGAGAACUGUAUGUUCGCCAGCAGAGAGAUUUACUAGUCAUGGACUUCCCCCUCGAACAACCCAUACCUCAGGUGGCCGAGGAUUUUAAAGACCUUAUUAAAGCCACGGUGGGAGACCACCCAGUUCAAGAAGUGUUUUUCUGUACCACCAUCAAAGAAAUACUAGUUUGUCUCGAUGAUACCUGCGACAGGUCAGUGCUGACCAGCCUGCAGCCAAACCACACAGCCCUGUUAGCUAGUGAGAGCAGUGGAAAGGUAAUGGGAGUCACAGUCACAGUGCGUGGAGACCCCGAGUGCCAGGCUGGUUAUGACUUCUUCUCCAGAAACUUUGCCCCCUGGUAUGGAAUCCCUGAGGACCCCGUCACUGGCUCUUCGCACACUUUCCUGGCAAGUUACUGGUCUGCAAAACUGGGCAAAAAGAAAAUGCUGGCGUAUCAGUGCUCAAGUCGUGGCGGGGAGUUGCGGUUGGAAGUGAGGGACGAUGGAAGAGUGGACAUCGCUGGCCAGGCUGUCAUGAUCCUGGAGGGAACUCUGUCUCUGUAGUUUCUCUACAUUUCCUUACAGAUUAGUCACAGGCGUGACACUGACAAUAAAAGUGAAAUGAUGAAUUCUUA